AUUUAUCAUAAAUUUCUGUCUUUUCCACGAAGGUUUGAAAUAAUAACAACCGCAUGGCGUACUCGUAAUAUUCAUUGAUGCGUUUCACUCGUUCGAGAAUGUCAACUUAAAUGCAUAAGAUGAACUUUAAAUCUGUUGCAGCUCUAUUGGACGGCGUGCACACUGAUUUCACCGUUUCGGUGUUCGAGGACAUUAUUUUCAUCGUCAUCACUCAGAACUCAAAACUGGGAACCUUGUACCUGUUCAAGCCAGAGUGUUUAUCAUCGAAAGACCAAGGAUAUGAUAUAAAAGCGUUAUUUGGUCGUGAAGAUGAUAACUUAACAUCACACAUUCUUCAUAUGUGUAUGUAUAUAUUCCAUCAGCAUCAUUAAACACUGCAUAAUUAUUCAAUAACGGGCAACAGCUAGUAGCCACUUUAAAUGCUUCAGUAACACAAGCAGCAGCUAUCACAGCAUUUGUUGAUGCUACCGCUGGUAUCCUAUUUAUCAACGAGGUAAUCCUCAAUUACGUGUUUUUUUGCCAAAUUUUUGGAUGAAAUUGGUACGGCCUGAAGAAAAACAACCAAAAAAUGUGGUUCAAUUUAAAGUACCAACUGGAAUGACAAAUUAUGAUAUACAAAAUUAUUUAGAAAAAAUUUAUAAGAUUAAAGUUAUUAAAGUUGAAUCAAAUAUUGAAAAUGGUAAACUUAGAAGAGCAAUACUACAAAAAUAUGGACCAAUUGUAAAAGAUGACGACUUCCGUAGAGCAUUUGUUACAUUACCCAGAGACCAAGAAUUUGAAUUUCCUGAAGUAUGUGUUACUGAAGAACAAAAAAAACGUUCUUCUGAAGAUGAGAAAUCAAGUAAAAUGAGUGGUGAAAUGUUUAAAAAUUACUUAAAAAAACAAGCAGAUAGACCGGGAUUACCAGGAUGGUUUUCAUUUUAAGACCAUUUUAUAUGAACUAAUGAAUUUGUGAGCCAUGUAAAUAAAUAUAUGUUAAUUAUAAUAAAUAUUAGAAAUAAUGUAGUUCAGCAA